GACACGGGCCGCUUUGCGAUUGCGUCAUCGCCCGUCGACAGGUUCUACAGCCUCACGCUUACGUAUCGCACCACGAUGCCGUAUGCAGACCUGGUUCUACAACCGGUGGACUCGCAGUUCUCCCCGUGCACAAUAAAGUUGAAUCGUACGGAUCCCAUCGAUAGACGCCAGCCAGAUGUGUUUACCUAUGCCGCGUCCCCUGUCACGGUGACGGUGACUGCUUCUGAGUGUGGCUACGCAGCUGGGUCUGCGUUUUGGAACUUCCAGUUUUACAUAUCCUAUGGCGAUGACGAUAGUGACUUGAUUAACGUGUUUGAGCUGCUGAUCGAUUCCUUUGUCAUGGAAACGGAAGCGCCAGUCUUGGCUUCACCUCCCUCACCGGCACCCACCUCGCUCGCGCCGCCCUCGCCGUCGCCGCCCAGCCCCGAGCCGCCCAGCCCUCCGGCGCCACCCAGCCCGGCGCCGCCCAGUCCCGGGCCCCUAGUGUUCGGCAGCACCCGCGCCGUCGCCUUCACCGCGCUGCCACUGGGCGCGCUCACCAACAGCUCGCUGCAGGCCCAGGGCAUUACGAUGUACUCUGGCAGCAACGCUGCGUCGCCUCCGUGGGGUGAGGUGGUGGACUGCGCCGCGGGCUGGAGCUACGGCGGCAGUACGGCGAUGACCGCGAGCGGCUGCAGCAAGACCCUGCGCUUCCCGUACGACGACUACAGCGAGUACUUCCAGCCGCUGCUGUCCCCGCCCAUCAUGUUCUGGAGCCUCUCGCUCACAUACCGCACAACGCUGCCGUACGUGACGCUGUACCUCUCCCCCGCCGGCGGCGGCGGCGGCUCCUCAUGCAAGGUGCGGCUGAACCGCACGGACCCUGUCGCCAGCCCCGCGCCGGCUGCGUUCACCUACGCCGCCUCCAACACCCUGGCGGUGACUGCGGCGGAUUGCGGCUGGGUGGCGGGCUCGGCUUUCGCCAGCUUCUCCUUCUACGUCGGCGUGGAGGGCAGCUCAGCCGGCAUCGACGUGUUCGAGCUGCUAGUUGAUUCAUUUACCAUGGAAACGGGGAUGGCUCCCUCGCCCUCUCCUCCCUCGCCGGCGCCCCCGUCACCGGAGCCACAAAGCCCAGCACCGCCAAGUCCCCAGCCCCCCAGCCCGGCGCCCCCCAGCCCCGAGCCACCCAGCCCCGCGCCGCCCAGCCCGCCGGCACCACCAAGCCCCGAGCCCCCCAGCCCCGCGCCGUCACCCCCGUCACCGGAGCCUAUGGUUUUCGGCAGCACCCGCACCGUCAGCUUCGACACGUUCGAGCUUGGAUAUCUGACAGGGACUUCGCUUGAAGCGCAGGGCCUGGCCCUGUCCAACUACCCUAAUGACAUCGGGCACCGGAAACCAAAUACCUGGGGAAAGGUUGUGGACUGCGCCGCCGGUUGGUAUAACAACUCACCCAUGAACGCAGCCGGCUGCAAUAGAAGCCUGCUAUACGGUUCUGAAGGCUUAUCCAGUGCCUUCCGGCCGUUGUCCAGAGUGUCUGAGCCCCCCCCGUUUUGGAGGCUGACGCUCACGUACCGCACAACCUCACCAAACGUGGGAGCAGGCUUCUAUCAAACAGGCGACGUCGAGUACCACUACCUCUGCGAGAUAAAGCUCAAACCCACGGAGAUCAUUGCUGGACCCGCGCCGGCCAAAUUCACCUACACCGCCGGCCCCAACACUGUGACGCUGACGCCAGCUGAUUGCCGCUGGGCUGCCGGGUCCACAUUUGACAGCUUUUUCCUCUUCAUUGCUAUGGAGGGGGCUUGAUGCCCCAGUGUUGGAGUUCCUAAUCGGUAAGCAUGUUGUGGGUGGGGGAGCAUGCAGGGGUGUAUGUUUUCCCAAACUUCGGUGUAGCUAGCGCAUGCACCCAAACAUGGGGGGGGGGGGGAAGUCUUCACCACUUGCUUGGUCUGCGCUAGAUAGUCUGCAUGUCGAGGCCACGAACGCCACACCAUUGUGAGAUUAGGGGCGGGGAUCGCCACCAAGUGUCAAAUUAGAGAGCAUGUCGAUGGUCUGACGGGAAGCUUCUGUGCGUGUUUUGGACUUGCUGCAGAUUCGUUCACCAUAGAAAC